AUGGCAAAUAAGAUUGGAAUGAUGAGGGAAGGCUAUGUUUGGAUCACGACGAAUGGGGCUGGUAAUCGUUUGAGGUCAUUGGGACCGGUUGUCUUGAGUUCCAUGCAAGGGGUUCUAGGUGUGGAAACAGAGGUUCCAACAACAAGGAAGCUUACAGAAUUCAUUGUGCGGUGGAAAAGGCAAUUCCAACAAGACAAUCCGGCCAUCAUUGAUGUCUAUGUGGACGUGAUUGGCCUUCGGGCUUAUGAUGCUGCUUUUGCACUAGCCUUGGCAGCUGAACAAGUUGGGGAUACAAGCUUUGGUUUCCAAGAGAGGAAUGGUUCCUUCAGCUCAACAGAUCUUGAUACUUUUAAGGUCUCUCAAUAUGGUCCAAAGCUUGCCCAGGCCUUAUCAGAUACUAGAUUCAAAGGCAUAGCUGGUGACUUUAGUCUUGACUGUGGGCAACUUCAAUCAUCAAGAUUUCAGAUACUCAAUGUAAAUGGUGAUGGAGUAAGAACAAUUGCAUUCUGGACACCGGAAAAUGGUAUGGUGAAAACAUUGAGUUCAACAAACACCAGUAUACUUUCAACUUCCGAGAAGUACGAUUUUGGACCCAUCAUAUGGCCUGGAGAUUCUCUGUCUGUUCCUAAAGGAUGGGAGAUCCCAACAAGUGGCAAGAAGUUGAAAAUAGGAGUUCCUGUGAAGGUUGGUUUUACUGAGUUUGUUAAGGUAACCCAGAUUCCUAGCACAAACACAACAGAUGUUACGGGGUUCAGUAUUGAUGUCUUUAAUGCUGCAGUGGAAGUAUUACCAUACGCUCUUCCUUUUGAGUUCAUUCCCUUUGAAAAUCCUGACGGCACCAGUGCUGGCACUUACAAUGAUUUGGUCUAUCAAGUCUAUCUUGAGAAGUAUGAUGCUGUGGUGGGAGACACAACAAUUAGAGCAAAUAGAUCAUUGUAUGUAGACUUCACAAUGCCAUACACAGAAUCUGGUGUGGUAAUGGUUGUGCCAAUCAGAGACACCAGAAGAAAAUGUGCAUGGGUUUUCUUGAAACCUUUGACUUGGGACCUCUGGCUUACAACUUUUUGUUUCUUCAUCUUCAUUGGUUUUGUUGUUUGGGUGCUGGAACAUCGAAUUAACGAAGAUUUUCGUGGCCCUCCCUCACAUCAAGUUGGCACAAGUUUCUGGUUCUCUUUCUCAACCAUGGUCUUUUCACAUAGGGAGAGAGUGGUUAGCAAUUUGGCUAGAUUUUUGAUGAUUAUAUGGGUGUUUGUUGUGCUAGUAUUGACACAAAGUUACACAGCUAAUCUAGCAUCACUAUUAACAGUGGAACAGCUCCAACCAACCGUCACUGAUAUAAAGGAUCUUCUAAGGAAUGGGGAUAAUGUCGGCUACAUAGAGAACACUUUUGUUUGCGAAAUCUUGAAACAACUCGGUUUUGACAAUUCCAAGCUUAAGCCAUCAAAACCAUGGAAGCAUGUGAUGAAGCUCUUUCGAAAGGGAGUGCAAAGGGUGGUGUUUCCGAAACAUUCCCCUCUCGUACCUGAUCUUUCACAGGCAGUCCUAAAUGUGACCGAAGGAGAGAAGAUCAUGAACAUUGAGAACAAAUGGUUCAGUCAAGAAAGCAAGUGUGAAGAUAAGUCCACUACUCCAAGGGUCUCAAGCAAUAGUCUUGGACUUGAAAGCUUUUGGGGCCUCUUCCUCAUUGCUGGGAUGGCUUCAAUUCUAGCUCUCAUUAUCUUUUUAGCUUCCUUCCUGUACAAGCAUAGGCAUGUCUUGAAGCAAUCUGAUUCAAGAGCUUCUAAAUGGAGACGGGUUCGAGCCAUGUUUGAAAUUUUCAACGACAAAGACAUCAGCUCCCAUACUUUUAAAAGCAGUCAACAAAGAGAUGGAAUUGGUGGUGCUGGAGAUGAACUGAAAGCCUCACCAAAUAGCAACUGGCCUGAAAGUCCAUUCAGCUAUUUGGACCACACAGACAAGGAUUUUGUAUUGUAUGAAGGGCAACAAACCCCAUCUACUACUAGUGAUGCGUCUCCGGAGAUAGUUCCAAAAAUUGAGCUUGAUAUUAUCACUGUUCAAGAAAUGCAUACAACUCCUGUAACAGAUCGUUUGGCUUAG